AUGAAAUCGUAUUUGGUGCAGUUUGCUCAGGCUCAUCCAAAGUUUAGAAAAGCCGAGCUAGAGGCACUUGCCGAGCUCUAUAAUAUCCCAGUAGACUUAUCUAAGCAUAAUGAAUCUAUACCGUUUCUUGAAAUCAAAUUGAAAGAUGACGACCAAGCCAGAGCUCUUGUCUCACGGGCCAUCUUGUCCAAAGGCAUAUACGAGCUAUGGGGUAGUGGAACUACUUAUGAGAACUUGUUCAAAGACAUAAGGGAACAAAGCCAAUCGAAAUUUGCUCAGUACAAAAACUCGAGUUUCAAAUUUGAAUUUGAAAGUUUCAAAGGACGUCAGAGCCACGAGGCCCAAAUGGAGAUAAUGGAAUCCUUGUCGUUUCUAGGACUAAAAGGCAGGAUAAAUCUUAAAACGCCAGAUGAGACUUUCACGAUUUUUGAGGAGUAUCAAGUUUAUGGCAUGGAAAAAGCCCAUACUCCGAAACAAUUAUGGUUUGGAAGGUUGGUACAAUUAAGUGAACGGAUAAGAAACAAUAUUGUUGAAAAAUACGAUCUAAAGAAACGUAGCUAUAUAGGAACCACAUCUUUUGAUGCUGAGUUAUCCUUGGUUAGCUGCAAUUUGGCACAUGUUCAAGAGCAAAGAAUUGUAUACGAUCCAUUUGCAGGAACGGGGUCGUUUUUGGUUGCAGCAGCUGGGUUCGGAGCUUUGAAUAUAGGGUCAGAUAUCGAUACGAGAAUGCUAAGUGGUAAGGAUAACGUUAACAUUGCAACCAACUUUAAAGAUUAUGGUACAUCGACACAAUUUAUCGAUGUCAUGACAAUGGAUUUCACUCAUAAUGCCUUGAGAUCAAAUUUCGUUAUUGACACAAUAAUUUGCGACCCACCAUAUGGAGUCAGAGAAGGUUUGCGGGUGUUGGGAGCCAAAAACAAAGAAAAAGCCGCAGGAAGAGAAACCAAUGUUGUUAAUGGUGAAAUUGCUCAUUUGAGGCGAGAUUUCAUACACCCGAAAAAGCCUUAUGAGCUAUCAAGUCUACUUGACGACUUAUUGCAAUUUGCAAGCGUUCGGCUACCAAUAGGUGGGAGAUUGGCAUUUUGGAUGCCCACAGCAAAUGACGAUUUUGAAAUUACGCUAAUACCGCAACACAAAUGCCUUGAGUUGAAAUUCAAUCUCGAACAACAAUUCAACAAAUGGUCAAGAAGAUUACUUGUUUAUGUGAAAAGGGAUCAGCUGUAUAUAGGUGAAACCCGCAAUGGGUUAAAAGAGUUGAAUAUCAAAAGCUUUAGGGAAAGGUAUUUCCAUGGUUUUAGUGAAAGUAGCCGAUAA